CGUUGCCCUGGGAGAAGUGACACGGGUGCUCCAAAACUGGGCUACAUCACCGAAACGGCCGCGCCGGUCAUGAUCAGUGUUUUACCCGAGAGCCCUGUGUUUUUGCGCUGAACAAAGGGAAGUGCGAUUCACUCACUUCUGGUCAGUGAUGGUCACCAAAAGUUAGAAGCUGAAGCAAAAGAUGUCGACUUCAGAUUCUGACUGUUCCAUUGACUGGCUGGCCAGUGACGAGGAUGAGGAUAAAGGUGCUGGCAGAUCUUCGCUUCCCCUUCCAGAGUCAGGGGGCUGUUGUGGGGCACACAACUUCAACCUUCGGCACGCGUCCGAAGGCAACUGCGACGCGGAAGGGAGCCCUCGCUGUGACUCGCCCUCCAGCCACGCUGACUCCUUCCCAGUACGUGAUUCACUGUCCCUGCCACACCAGGAGAAGCACCACUCCCUUUCCCCAAAGCGUCCAGAAAAGCCGUCGGGUAUCCAGCCUCAGCUGGCGCGUAAGAGGCCCCGGAGCGGUGACGCGCUGGAGCCGGGGUACCGCAAACCCCCUAACGGGACAGAAAGAGAUGAGCUGUUUGCAGACAAGUGCAGGGACCUGCACUGCUUCAUUCGCCCGCUGUCUUCGAUCCUGAAUUCUCUGCGAUCUGGAAGAUACAGGCAACGUCUCAGCAGUUUCCAGGAGAGCACUGCCAUAGACAGACUCCAGAGGAUAAUGGGGAUUCUACAGAACCCAGGAAUGGGCGAACGUUACAUCAACAUCCUACUGAAAGUGGAGGAAUUACUUAAGACCUGGUUCCCCAACAUAAAACCUGGAAAUGAUGCCUUUGACCGACCUGAGCACACCUGUCUUCGGAAGAAGCAGAAGCUUGUCUCGACCAUCACUGCCGUCAGUACCGCAGCGGCUCACUCCGCCUGUCAGGCUCUGAGCGUCCCACAUACUGUGGCGAACCCCUACUCUGCCACCAGCUUGAAAUGGCUCCACGUGUCUCCCAUUUGCUCCCCUGGCCCAGAGCUGGGCCUCAUGGGGCUACACGAGCGGCUGCCACGGCGGGACGAUGAUGCCACGCAGGACAACGCCGUCUCCUCCAGCAGCGACGCCAGGAGAGAGCCGCCAGGCGGCCGGCCGCCCCAGGGCAAGAUCAACGCGCCGUGCUUGGAGAGACUGCUGAAAUCCACAGAGAGCAUCAUCACGAGCAAAGACGCCGGAGGCCCGAAGAGCAGCAGCUGCUAGCACACAGAGAAGGCGGGAGUCUACGUGCCGACCAAAACGCUUCCAGUCUGUGGGACGCGCCGGAUGAAGGAGGACGGGAGAGAGAUCACUAUGCACGAAGGCGCUGGUGAAAAUGACAGACACUGAAGCUGAUCCUGUCUUCAAAGUGCACAUCUGGAACCCUUUAAUAUAUAUAUUUUUUUCAUAUACACUCUCAUUGUGCUCAAGACCAUCUUGACGAGGAUGAGAGGACUGCACGAGCCAAUUUCCCAGCCUGGCUGCAUGACUGCUAGCUGCAUCGCUGCAUGCAGAUGGGAGCCUCUUAAAUAUAGGAGGAUGAGCCUCAUUAUCUGUGACCAGGAAAAGGGAAUCGUGAGCAUGUAGUAGGAAUGACUGGAUCAUUGGAGCACUUCUCUGAUGUGUCCAUAAUAUUCAUAUAAAUGUGAUGUAUGGAACUUUUUUUUAAUUCAUACCGAAACUGCGGAGUGCCAUGACUGUUACUUCAUCGAUACACCGCUACUUAAGAUUCGGAUGCAACGCUUCUACCUCAGAUUGACAAGGUGCCUCACAAGUACCAGUAGCAAACACCCGGUCAUUGACUCGUUGGGUCUGAAAGUCCCAACGAACCCAGGUGAUGGACCUUCCAUUGUCGUGGAUGAAAUAUCUCCUUACCAAGUGUAUUUAAAAAGAUGGUCAGUAGAUUACACCCAUGCCUCGGUUGAAAAUAAAUGUUAUGGAUACGAUAAGGCUGCCAUUUUGUGUACCACGAAAAUGAUUACAUUCUUAUUAAUCGCUGUUUGUGGGCAUGUGUCAUAACACCAAUUCUGUCUGACAGAACUAGGCUUACUGAGCUAGACGAGAUGGUAUAUCACUUAGUGUAAAUAUGUGAACAAUGUUCCAGGUUGUUAAUUUACCCAACAAAAGUGGCCUUCAGAGUGUGAUAUUUUUUACUUUGAGAAUAAAUGUUGUUUUGUUUUGGCGUACAAAGUGUUUCCUCUCUGUCUGCUGUCUGUUGGUCUACUUUAUGUCAGCAGUCCCUCUCAGCAACCUUACAUGGAAUUAAAUAGGAAAUAAUGUCGUCUAAUUCUAUGGAAAAUUUGGAAUGCAUUUAUGUAACAGAACUUAGCCUAUAAACCCAUAAAUGUUUUUUUUUUCUCCCCAAGAUACACUCUCGGAAAAAACGGAUACAAACUAAAAACCUUUGCUUGUCACUGGGGCUGUAUGUACUCUCAAGGGUCUGCCAAUUGUCCCCUUAGCUGUAUGUAAUUGUACCUUUAAACGUACUGAAAUGGACUCUGAGGAUGGUACAUGUUGUUUGUAGUUUUGGAAUGUUCCCCAGAGUCCAUUUCUGUACCUUAAAAGGUACAAGUACAAGGGUACAAAGGGUUACCCUUUUUCUGAGAGUGUAGUGAAUAACAUAAUUCAUAAUACAUGUAUUUUAAUACGCCAUUAAACACAAUAAAAGAAGCAUUAUUUUCAGGUAAAUAUAUUUUAUUCAUAUUGUUUCCGUGUAUUUUUGUAGUGAUUCAAAUCGAAUGUAAUAGUAGAACAGAUCAGCAAAAUCAUUUCCCUUUAGUAUUUUUUGACGUUAUGGUGACAUUAUGUUGGCUAUCCCCCACUUACAAAAGUAAUAAAAUAUUUCUAAUAAUA